AUUCUGAGGAUGAACCGCCUCAAAUCGUCACUGUAGAAGUUAUGAUUCAUCAGAAUGCCGAUGCUCAUAUCGAACAAAACUUCCCAGGACCUUCAUCACUUAUUGCAGCUUCUACACAUUCUAAUAACACUCCUGUACCAAUUUUAGCCCCACCAAUGCCUCAAGAUGUUAUAGAAAUUGAAGUAGAGAACAUAGGUGAUGAGAUAAUUCCUGAAUUAUCUCCAUCUUUAUUAGAUGACCUCCAAAAUGAAUUUGCUGAUUUACCAUUUAACAAUCGGAGACAAACAGCAAAUCAAAUGGAUGCCGCCAUAGCUGAUAUUCCCACGAGAGAAGACAUUCAACAAGAUAUAGAACGUCUACGGAAUAUCGAAAAUCACUUACCGACUACCUUCUGGCUAGCGAAAGAAUUGUACAAGGCGGAACUUACAAUUUAG